AUGUUCUGGAAGCUCUCUACGGUCCUUUCGGCCUUCAGUCUAACUGCCCCCGCAGCUGACGUCGUUGAAAAUGGGGGCGUCAAGCAGGUUGCUAUCAUUGGUGCUGGUGCCAGUGGAUCUGCGGCGGCUUACUACCUCAGCAAAUUUGCCGAAGAGGAUGGGUCUCUCGUGAACAUAACUGUGUUCGAGCGAACGGAUCGAAUCGGUGGUCGAACACUAACCGUCAACGCCUAUGACAGCCCUAGCGAGCCCAUCGAGCUCGGAGCUUCAAUCUUCGUUGACGCCAAUUACAUUCUGAUCAAUGCAACCCGCGAAUUCAACCUUGCACUCAAGGACCCCGAGUCCGGUAGUGGCGAGACGUUGGGCAUCUGGGACGGCGAAAAGUUUGUCUUCAUCCAGGAUGAUCGCUCUUGGGGCUGGUGGAACUUGGCCAAGCUUUUCUGGAAGUAUGGAACUGCUCCUUACAAAGCGCAGAAUCUCGUCAAGUCUACCGUUGCUGCAUUUCUCCAGAUCUACGAAGCACCGCACUUCCCUUUCCAGUCUCUCACCCAGGUGGCACAAGACUUGGGUCUUCUCAAGAUCACCGGCAUCACUGGAACCCAGUUUCUUGCCGAAAAUGAAAUUUCCGAACAAUUCUCUCGCGAAAUCAUGCAGGCUGCAACUCGCGUGAACUACGCGUCCAACCUCCCCUACAUUCACGGUCUUGAGACUAUGGUUUCGAUGGCUCCAGAGGGCGCCUCACAGGUUGUUGGCGGCAACUGGCAGAUCUUCAGCAGCAUGCUAGAGCACAGCAACGCCACGGUUUACCAGCAGACGUCAGUCGCAUCGAUCACGCUCAAGAACCAGACGGACCAGGCUGCGCCAGCAAAAUAUCUUAUCUCAACUAAAGCCACGGGAUCUAGCGCAGAGACGGCAAAGCUGCACCAAACAUCCUUCGACAACGUGGUGAUUGCAACACCUUGGCAGUUUGCUGACAUUGACGCCGAGAGAGAUGUCCUGAAGACCAUCGAUAGCAUCCCUUACACGCGACUGCAUGUCACUCUUUUCUGCUCUCCAUUCCUGCUGUCACCUACUUACUUUGGCUUGCCGGCUGACUCGAAGGCACCUGAUACGGUUCUUACUACGCUUGGAAGCGAGGAACUCCCCAAACCUGGAUCUGCUGGUGCUGGCAAGGCUGGCUUCUAUUCUAUCAGCACCCUGAGGACCAUCGUCAACCCAAAGACACUCAAGGAAGAGUUUGCAUACAAAAUCUUUUCGCCCGCAGAGCUGACCCCAGAGUUCUUGUCCGCUCUUCUUGGUGUCAAGGUGCCUGAUACUUUUGUCUCGGAGCAGAAGGAGGCCGUUGAGGGUGAGACAGUCACUGUCGACCCUAUUUCGUGGUACUACCCCCAUGCGUUUCACUCGUACCCUAUGGAAUACCCUCGCAUUACGUUCCAGGAGCCCGCGCUCGGCAACGGGCUAUACUACACUUCAGGUAUUGAGAGCUUCAUCUCUACCAUGGAGACCAGCGCUCUAAUGGGCAAGAACGUUGCCAGGCUCAUUGCAGAUGAGCUCGUGGCGGAUGCCGAGAAGAAUGUGCUUGAUGCUCCUGCUGUCGAUAACAAGGCCGAGGAGCCUGUGCAGGAAGUGCUUGGAGUGGCUGACGAGGUGGUCCAACAAGAGCUCUGA